AUGUCGCUCCUUCACAAUGAAGAUUUUACAAUAUGGCAGUUGCGGACUUCCUACUUGUCGACCAUUAAAGAUGGAAUCGGCGACCGGCUCAUCAACGUGAACAACUCUGUCCUUAACACCCCAGGGUUUCGCGCCGCCGGCUGGUCAUCGGCCUCCCUGAACCCCAACGCCCAAAGCGCAGCGGCCCACAUCCGACGCACCCAUUCGCCCCCGAUCCCAACCACCACUGCGGUGUCAUCCGAGUAUUAUAAUCUCAGAGAUGGAAGUGACCUUGCCCGAGCAGGACCUGGCGAUGACGGCGAAGAUGACGAGGGGGGAAUGGUGACCGGCAAGAGCAGUACGGAUGUGAUUGGACGACGGCACCACGGACGCAGUGGGAAAAGGGGACACCGGAGGGAGCGCCAGCAGCAAGAACAGCAGAAACAGAGGGAUGCCGAGGAAGACGACAGCAGUGAUCUGAGCGACGAAAGCGACGACGAGGGUGAUAGCGCGCCGAGGCCCAUCGAUCAGAUUAAAUUCACCAAAAUGCCUAUACGCACGCGAGCAGGCUCGUCACCGAUCCGAUCUUCGACAGAUCGUCCAGAAGGGCCACAGGUCAUGGUCACGUCUCCUUCGCAUCCAGGGACGGGCGGUCAUUAUCGUACGGGUUCGCUGGGAACAGCGGUUUCAGUGAAUGAACGUCCACGGAGGGAUACCACUACGACCACGAGCAGCGACAUGUCUUCCGAUGCUGAUUUACCGUCGUCUGUGUCUAGGAGGCCCCAGAUUAAGUUCUCUAACCAGGACCAGGUGAUCGAAUUGGCGCGUCACCAGGGUCGCAGGAAUGGGGAUCUGGAGGAGCUGAAUGAACAGGAUGAAGACUCGGGUGCUGAGUCGGUGGAUUCGGCCUUGUCGUCAGAAUUCGACGCGACUGCUGGAUCGGCGUCGCUGCUCGAGGGUGUGGGCAUCACUGGAAGCUUAGACUCCUCAUCCCCAAUCUUGAUGCACAAGUUGCCAAACGGAACAGGGUCUCAAACUGCUUCGCCCAGGAAGCCUAAGACGCCGGCGCCAGAAUUGCAGGACCUUCCCCCGCCCCGGCCGAUUAGCACGAUACAACCCGUCAGCCUGCUUUCCAAAGCGCUGAACGCGCGCAAAAAGGAGCCUACGAAUCCCGUUGAGAAGUUUGCGGUCCUGUCUGGCAAAGGCUUGACGGAUGCGCUCAACAUAAAACUAUAUGCUCCGUUCUCCUCUGACCCUGAGGAGCCGAUGGAUCUACCGAUGACUCGGGAGUCCAAACUUGCAGAGCAACCGGCGCCGGUUACAGUAGUCGAGGCGAUCGGACUCGCGCUGUGGAAAUACUCGGAAGAAGGGCGGGCGCCAUCUAUUGAACGGAAUAAACUGACUGUGAACCGAUGGACGCUCCGUAUGGUGGAGGAUGGGGAGGUUGAAUACGACUUUCCGGCGCUGGGACGGACGUUGCCCAUUACCGAUUUCACGUCAAACAACAACCGGGCUGCGGGCGCGCGAGGCCGCAUGCGAGGCAAGCAAUACGAUGAAUUCGCUCUCGUGGAAGCGUCCGAUUCGGAGUUUGAAGAGAACGAGCGGCUCUUCCCCAUGUUUAGCCAGUCCCCAGCCUCCGAGGAGGAUAUAGCGCCCACGCCCACGGCUCCAAACGCGCCAGUCAAUACGCAAAAUAAGGGCCCGCGACUCAACCCGAUCUUGGGACAGCCAUUCUCCUCCGCACUCAACGAUAACACCCUGACACCGGCUGACCGUCCGGCGGUGCCCACUUCCCACGCUACGCCUCGCCUAGGUGUCUCCAAGACGCUCAAAAUCCGGUUCAUCAACUUGGAAGCCUCCACCCAAGUCACCACGUUAAACACAUCUACGGAUAGCUACAUUGCGGAAAUUCUGGACUCGGUGUGCAAGCGAUGGGGAUUGGACAAGGGCAAUUACCUUCUCAAAGUGAUGGGAUCGAAUACGAUCGCGCCGUUGGAUCGGACCGUCGAGGCUCUGGGCAACAUCACUGAGCUGGACCUUGUUCGGCGCAGAUUCGGCCCUCAAUCGUUGACCGGAUCGCCGGGCAGUUCCUCUCCGAAUGCGCCACUGCUAGUUGACAACCCCAGCAGCGCACCCAGCAAGAAGAGUAAAAAGGGCGGGCCGCGCAUGCUCCACCCGCUUACACAGAAGCAGGACCUCAUUGGCGGAUAUUACCGGCGGUAUCAUGUGUUUCGCAAACAGUCCAUGUCCUUCACGGCGUCGAAUCAUCGGAUCUUGACGUUCGACAAUGACUAUAUGCAUAUCAUGCCGGGCGAUGAAGGGAAGGCCGGGUCGGCCACGAAGACGCGGUCGAUCAGCUUCAACGACGUGGUCGGGUGCAAGGUGAGUCGGCGCCACCCGAAGAACUUUCGGGUUGUGGUGCUCCGCGGAAACGAUGCGUCGGAGCAGAAGCGAUAUGAUUUUGAGGCUCGAAAUGCGCUGGAGGCGGUGGAGAUUGUGGAUGAGAUCAAGAAGAACAUGGCGCACUACCGGAUCUAG